CACACGUGACUACAUCAGUGAUUUUCUAAUUACUCCAUCUCGAUCCUCCAUCUCCCUUCCCAUCGCCCAACGCCCCUCCCAAUCACCCAUGUCCGGCGAACGCGAUCCUCCCCCUCCCUUCCUAUCGGACAUAGCCACAACAGCCAACCCUUAUCUCCUCUAGUCCGUGAAAUCUCUCAGCCCAGCUUCUCUCUCUUCUCCACGCAGCCCAGCCCCAGCCCCAGCCCCUUUCCCUCCUCCACUGAAAUCUCUUUUAAUAAGAAAUUACAAGUUGGAAUUUUUUUUGUUUGUUUGAGUUUGAGUUAUCUGGAAAAAGAAGAAGAGGGUGAAAGAUGAAGAGAGAGAACUAGGCAAAAAAAAAAGUGACCAAAUUGACAAACAUCAAACUCAAUAGCAGUUUUCUAUUCAACAACCCGUUGGAAAUUUCAGAGGGGCUUGGCAAUAGGCUAUCAAAUUCGUUUGAUGAGGGGGAGAGAGAGAGAGAGAGAGAGAGCAAGACACCAGAAACUUCUGUAAAAGAAAACGACGCGAUUUUAAUGAGCGUGUUUAUGUUUUUUUUUCUUUAAAGAUACUUUUUUGAAGAUUCACUUUACAAGGUAAUCUAUGAUAUGAGGGCCUCACAAUGAGGCUGCUUAUUGCAGUGCCACUUGAAAGGAAGCUGAAGAAGUUCAACCCAUUGGUGAUUCCUAAGUCAUUGCAGGCUGCUUUGCCAUUGGCAUCAAAGCCUAAGGAUAUACCCGGUAGAGGAAGGCCACUUCCUGAAAAUAGAAGAGCUGUUGUCAUGGAACCUCAUGAACGGAAAGUUCAUGCUCUUGUUCAACAUCUUCGAUUAAUUAGAAAUGAGAAGAUAAAGAAGCGCAAGCUAAAGGAUGAUAAAAAAAGGAAAGAAAUUGAAGUGCAGAAAGCCAAAGAAGAGCAAUUGUCGAAAAACCGCCAGAGAGAAGAACGACGAGAGAGAUAUCGGGAGCAAGACAAACUGAAGAAAAAAAUCAGGAGAAAUGCAGAGGACUGAUGGAUGCACAAACUUUUGCCAACUGUUUCUGUGUCUUGAGUUAACUAGGUCAGUGUGCUGCCGGAAAAGAAAACGCGGUAGAUACUCUAGGAUUUGAUACUCUCACAGAAACAUGACCUCAGGGAUUGCUGAGAUCAAAACGACUUGUGGGAAUUGUCAAUAUGCAAUUUGUAUUCAUAACCUUCAACAUGUAUCAUAUGUUCAUUCUUUGGCAUCCGAGUAUGUGGUUUUUUUAGGUACAUUGGAUUGGAUGAGACCAUGAAAUUAAAAUGUCAUUUUAUA